AAGGGGCGGGAUCCUGCCGCCGCGGCUGCCGCUGGAGCCGGUGUCCGGGCUGGUGAUGGGGUUAAUUCCCUUUCGUGAGACUCUUGUGUGCACCCACCCGGCCCCGCCGUCGCCCCGCCGCGCCGCGCUCCGACCGCCUCCUCCUGCUUCUCCUCAGUAACGCGGGCCACCAAAAGGAAUGAUAUAUUUGAUUCAAGACAGUCCAUUUCAGCCCAGGACUCUACAGUGGUGACAAGGACAUGGGACUCCUUCUGCCAGAUAACAGAUGGUUCAAUACAGUUGACAUCCUGGCUGACAACUGUGAAAAGAUACCUCGGAUUAUUUUAUUUUAUUUUUGUGGAACACCACAAUCCCAAAUCCAUACAACACAUCAGGCUUCAAGUUCCCUGUAGAAUUCUAAAAUAACCUUUGCUAAUGAGGAUGUCUGAUACUGUUAUUAUAAAAGAUGAAACUGAAACAAUGAAGAAUUUGGAGGCAGACAUGAAAGAUACAACCAGAGUUGAAAGUCUUAUCAAAUCAGAGAACUAUGGGAAGGUUUUGGCAGAGAAGAAUGAACAUUGUAUUGACAACAAUAUUGAUUUACAGCGGCCACUGCAGUCAUUUGGACAGACAGGAAAAAGGUCUAAGUCAAGCUCAAAGUUAAAGCUAGUUCGGAGCCUUGCGGUGUGUGAAGAAUCGCCACCACCCCCUGCAGCAGAGAGAUCACAGGAGAACCAGGAAAAAAUUCAGAUCCAGUUAACACAAUCAUUUGAAAAAGAGGAGAAGCCCUCAAAAGAUGAAGCAGAUAAAGAAAAAGCCAGUGAUAAAUUGCCCAGAAAAAUGUUAUCAAGAGAUUCCAGUCAAGAAUACACAGAUUCAACUGGCAUAGAUCUACAUGAAUUUUUAGUAAAUACAUUAAAAAACAAUCCCAGGGACAGAAUGAUGCUGCUGAAAUUAGAACAAGAAAUUUUAGAUUUCAUUGGUAAUAAUGAGUCUCCACGUAAAAAGUUUCCCCCAAUGACAUCCUACCAUAGGAUGCUGUUACACAGAGUAGCUGCUUACUUUGGAUUAGACCACAAUGUUGAUCAGAGUGGGAAAUCUGUCAUAGUUAACAAAACUGGCAAUACAAGAAUACCUGAUCAAAAGUUUAAUGAGCAUAUUAAGGAUGACAGAGGUGAUGACUUUCAGAAACGAUACAUCCUUAAAAGGGAUAACUCUAGCUUUGACAAAGAUGAUACCCAGAUGAGAAUACGUUUAAAAGAUGACAGAAGAAGCAAAUCUAUAGAAGAAAGAGAAGAAGAGUACCAGAGAGCUAGAGACCGAAUAUUUUCCCAAGAUUCCCUGUGUUCCCAAGAGAAUUAUAUUAUUGACAAAAGAAUCCAAGAUGAGGAUGCCAGUAGUACCCAGCAGAGGCGCCAGAUAUUUAGAGUUAAUAAAGAUGCUGCAGGGAGAUCUGCAAAUAGCCAUCAAAGCAGCACUGAGAAUGACAUGAAGUACUCAGAGCCACGGCCCUGGAGCAGCACAGAUUCAGACAGCUCCCUCCGAAACCUGAAGCCUGCUGUGACAAAAGCCAGUAGCUUUAGUGGAAUAUCAGUCCUGACAAGAGGGGACAGUUCUGGAAGCAGCAAAAGCAUAGGCAGGCUCUCAAAAACAGGUUCUGAGUCUUCUGGAAGUGUAGGGUCAUCCACAGGCUCGCUGUCUCACAACCAGCAGCCUCUUCCAGGUGCAGUUCUCAGUCAGGCUUCACAUGGCACACCUGUUGUCUAUCCGGCCGUCAGCACUCACAGCUCUCUCUCCUUUGAUGGCGGUCUUAAUGGACAGGUCGCAUCUUCCAGCACUAGCUUCCUUUUGCUUCCUUUGGAAGCUGCUGGCAUCCCACCUGGCAGUAUCCUCAUCAACCCACAGACAGGUCAGCCCUUCAUCAACCCAGAUGGGAGUCCAGUUGUGUAUAACCCUCCUAUGACGCAACAGCCAAUUAGAACCCAAGUGCCUGGACCUCCACAGCCACCUCUGCCACCUCCACCACCUCAGCAGCCAACAACCAAUCACAUCUUCUCACAGGAUAACCUUGGUUCUCAGUUCAGCCACAUGAGUCUUGCCCGCCAGCCAUCUGCUGAUGGUCCUGACCCUCAUGCCACUAUGUUCCAGUCCACUGUGGUUCUUCAGUCUCCACAGCAAUCUGGUUACAUCAUGACUGCAGCCCCACCACCACAUCCUGCUCCUCCUCCCCCUGCUCCUCCUCCUCCUCCUCCUCCCCCCCUCCCACCUGGACAGCCAGUUCCUACUGCCAGCUUCUCUGCCUCUGGGCAUCCUGUUAGCCAGCCUGUGCUCCAGCAGCAGAGCUAUCUUCAACAGCCCUCACCACAGAUGCCAGCAUGCUUCUGUGCCCCUAGCCACUAUCACUCCAACCCACCUCAGUACCGUCCAGUCCCUUCUGUCCAUUACAGUUCACAUCUGAACCAGCCACUGCCACAGCCUGCACAGCAGACGGGUUAUCAAGUUAUGCCCAACCAGCAGCAAAACUACCAAGGAAUAGUGGGAGUUCAGCCACCCCAGAGUCAAAGCCUCGUUGGAGGCCAACCCAGCAACAUGGGAAAUCACAUUCAAGGCGUGGUCAUCCCCUAUCCUUCAGUGCCAUCCUUUCAGGUUUCACUGCCUCAAGGUUCUCAAGGAAUUGCCCAUCAGACGUACCAACAGGCUGUUGUGUUCCCUAGUCAGUCUAGCCAAGGACCUCUAACCACAGCAGGAAUGCCAGUCUACUAUAGUGUCAUUACACCUGGCCAACAGAGUAAUCUAAGCUCUUCAGUUGGCUACUUACAACAUCCAGGGUCAGAACAAGUACAGUUUCCUCGAACUACGUCACCGUGCAGCUCUCAGCAGCUGCAGGGCCACCAAUGUACAGCUGUGCCUCAGCCACCACCUGGUGCAGGGAUGUUGAUGAUGCAGCUCAGUGUACCCAGCAAUCCACAGUCUCGUGCCCACUCUCCCCCACAGUGGAAACAAAACAAAUACUACUGUGACCACCAGAGAGGGCAGAAGUGUGUGGAAUUUAGCAACGUAGACAGUAUUGUCCAGCACAGCCCUCAACUUAGCAGUCCAAUCCUUUCACCAGCACAGUCUCCAGCACCGGCUCAGCUGUCCACCCUGAAAACCAUACGUCCCUCUGGACCCCCACUCUCCAUCAUGUCCCAGUUUUCUAGACCUUUUGUCCCUGGGCAGGGAGAUUCCAGGUACCCGCUACUUGGCCAGCCACUGCAGUACAACCCUCCUACUGUUCUGCAUGGACACAUUCCACACCAGCAGGGUCAGUCUGGCAGCAGGCAUGGAAACCGAGGAAGGAGACAAGCUAAAAAAGCUGCAUCCGCAGACCUUGGAGCAGGAGAAGCAGUUGUUGGCAAAGUCUUGGAAAUUACAGAGUUACCAGAUGGAAUAACUCGCAUGGAAGCUGAGAAGCUUUUUGGAGAACUCUUUAAAAUUGGCGCCAAGAUCCGGUGGCUCCGGGACCCCCAGUCCCAGCCACGUCGUCACCCUCUCUGCUGUGGCAGUGGGGAUGGCACUGUCAACCCUGACCGCUCUAAGCCCAGUGACUUGGCCUCCACGUACACCGUCCUAGCCACGUUCCCCUCCGCCUCAGCUGCACAGAGUGCGCUGAAGAAGCACAUGAGCGCCGUCAGCAAGUUCAAGCUGAGAGCCAGCAAGAAGCACUACGACACUCAUGUGUUGGAAAGGGCGAGUUCUCAGUGACAGAAUAGCCUUCAGACCCUCAUGUUUCCCUGCCCUCUCCCAUCUCAAUUGGCUUGGUGUUUGGAGCUUGUGUUAACAUUAUAGAGACUCCUAGAGUGUGUGGCCAUGGUGUUAUAGCUUUUGGAGAAAGGCCAGGGACCCAGCAGAGGAUUGGGGAAAGAUACCCAUUUACCCCACUGACUGUAGGAAUCCACACAGGAAUGAUACAGAGUUAGCAGCUUUUUCUAAGGAAAUGCUGUUCAGAUGCCUCCUAACUUUUAUAGUUAUUUUGUUUUAUAUUUCUGAAUUCUUGUAUCAGAUCCAAAGCUCUAUUGUACAGCAAAUUAUUCUUCAAAAUGAUUAAAACCAGUUACAACCUGUAUUUCUUUUUGCAGCCAGCACAGUUUGACCCACCUUAGACUUUGGGGGGGGGGAUGCAGGAGUAGAAUAACCAAGUCAAAACCAUAUCAAAACUAUCCUUUUGGGGGGCUGAGGGUGCUAAGGAUAACCCACAGAUAGAAAGCUUACUCCUCCCUGAAUCUCAAACACAGAAACAUUUUCCAGAAAAUACAGAACUCCCCCACAGGGUCCUUUCCUUCUUCAUUCAGGUAGUGUGACCGUUAAGUGUAAAGUAAAUUAUGUUCCUAAUGCCUCCUUACCAUACCACUUAGGGUCCAAGGGUAUAAGGGCCAUCCUAGUCAGGGCACACUUCCAAUAGUCAAGUGCUGCUCUUGUCUGCAGUCCCUCCUUUGAGGUUUUCUGUCACCUGAGAAGAUGCAUUUGAUGAGUCCUGGAAACUUCCUAAGUGGUUUAAACUUUGUUUUCAUUCUUUGCAGCAGAUUAUUGGACAUCAAAGAUUCAUUGCACUUAUGAACAAGGAACCUUGUUUUCAACUUCUGUGUAAUUUUGCAAGGCUGUACAAUGUGUGCUGAUGCAAACCUUUUUCAGUUCAUGAGAAUAAAUGUUUACAAAUGUA